AUGAUUGUCGCCUGGGUGACGAGGUACAGGGGAACAGGGAACACGGGACCGGAACACCUUGGGGACCCCGAAGCCCCCACCAUGGCUGGGAUGAUCUGGAGCCUCCGACUAUUUGUCCUCUUCCAGGUGCUCAGCCUCUCCUUGGCCCAGAUUAGAGGUCCGCCAGGAGAACCAGGGCCCCCUGGUCCCCCAGGCCUGCCAGGAGUGCCAGGCUCAGAUGGCCUUGACGGUGACAAGGGACCCCCUGGAAAACCUGGAUUUCCGGGACAAAAAGGCGACCCAGGGAAACUGGGUCCCAAUGGGCCAGAUGGAAAGCCAGGGAUUGAUGGUUUAACGGGAGCCAAGGGAGAGCCAGGCCCUCAGGGACCCCCCGGAGUCAAGGGCCAACCGGGUCUCCCCGGCCCCCCAGGUCUACCAGGCCCGGGCUUUGCAGGACCUCAGGGACCCCCAGGACCAGUUGGACUCCCAGGAGAGAUCGGUGUCCCCGGCCCCAAGGGGGACCCCGGACCUGAGGGACCAUCAGGUCCUCCUGGGCCCCCAGGAAAACCUGGCCGUCCCGGGACCAUCCAAGGCCUUGAAGGCAGUGCUGAUUUCCUGUGUCCAACCAACUGCCCAGCUGGUGUGAAGGGACCACAAGGACUGCAGGGGGUGAAGGGACAUCCAGGCCGCCGGGGACCCCUGGGGGAGCCAGGCAGACAAGGGAAACCAGGUCCCAAAGGAGAUGUGGGUGCCUCUGGUGAGCAGGGAAUUCCUGGUCCCCCGGGCCCCCAGGGCAUCAGGGGCUACCCAGGCAUGGCUGGAUCCAAAGGAGAGAUGGGUCCCCAAGGCUACAAGGGGAUGCUUGGGUCCAUUGGUGCUGCUGGGAAGCCUGGUGAGGAGGGCCCCCGAGGGCCACCAGGCAGAGCUGGGGAGAAGGGAGAUGUGGGUGGUCAAGGUGUUCAAGGCCCCCAGGGAAGUGGAGGACCCAAGGGUGAGAACGGCCUACCCGGUAUUGACGGCAAGGAUGGCACACCUGGCAUUCCUGGGGUGAAGGGGAGCGCUGGACAGCCCGGAAGACCCGGAAACCCAGGCCACCAAGGACUGGCGGGUUUGCCAGGUCAGCCGGGGACCAAAGGGGAACCGGGAGACAAGGGUGAACCUGGCCAGCGGGGCUUUCCAGGAUUGUCCGGCCCACCCGGGAAGCCGGGUGAACCCGGGCCUCGAGGAGAAAUCGGCCCUCAGGGCAUCCAGGGGCUGAAGGGUGACCAAGGCGAGAGAGGGCCCGUGGGGCAGCCAGGCCUACAAGGGAGAGUGGGUGCCAAGGGAGAACAGGGGCCUCCAGGGAUCCCAGGGCCCCAAGGCCUGCCAGGCAUCAAAGGAAAUAAGGGCUUCCCAGGGAAGAUCGGCUCCAGAGGCAGUGGUGGUGAUCCAGGUGUGGAAGGUCUCCCUGGGGAGAAAGGAGAGAAGGGAGAGUCUGGAGAACCAGGCCCCAAGGGACAGCAAGGCAUCCGUGGAGAGACAGGCUUCCCGGGUCCCAUGGGGGAUGCAGGAGCCCCUGGAGUGCAGGGUUACCCGGGACCCCCAGGGCCUCGGGGGAUCACUGGAGAAAGAGGCAUCCCGGGUCUUCCUGGAAGACAAGGCGUGGCGGGCCGGGAUGCCAGUGACCAGCACAUCGUGGAUGUGGUGCUGAAGAUGCUACAAGAACAACUGGCUGAGAUGGCAGUGAGUGCCAAGCGAGAGGCCCUGGGUGGCAUAGGGGGAAUGGGUCCCCCAGGCCCUCCAGGCCCUCCUGGAUACCCGGGCAAACAAGGUCCACAUGGACACCCAGGCCCCCGAGGCAUCCCUGGUAUCAUUGGAGCUGUGGGACAGAUCGGCAACACAGGACCCAAGGGGAAGCGAGGAGAGAAAGGGGAACGAGGUGAUGAGGGUCGUGGGCAUCCUGGACAGCCAGGGCCUCCAGGAAUCCCAGGACUUCCUGGCCGGCCAGGCCAGGCCAUCAACGGCAAAGAUGGAGACCGUGGAUCCCCAGGUGCCCCAGGAGAGGCAGGUCGACCAGGCCUGCCUGGUCCUGUGGGGCUCCCAGGCUACUGUGACCCUGCAGCUUGCCUUGGGGCCUCGGCCUAUGCUUCCGCCCGCCUCACAGAACCAGGGACCAUCAAGGGGCCCUGAGUCAGGCCAGAACAACAGGGGGUGGGCCCUGCCUCCCUUGCCCAGUGGUUAUCCCACCCCCUUUGACAGAU